AUCUUGAAGCUUUUCAACUUCAAAAAUGGCUUCUUUACACAGGAAAAUUCAUAACCGGCCAACAUUUUCCACUAACACUCCCCAUUUCUUAAAGAUUAUCUCAAAGGAUACUUGUAGACAGAGCAAACUUAGGAUUCCGAAUAAGUUUUUGAUGAAAUAUGGAGAUGAUUUAUCGAAUCCAAUAUUUCUCAAGCUUCCAAGUGGUUCAGAAUGGAAAAUUGAACUCAGAAAAUGGGAAGACAAGGCCUGGUUGGACAAGGGUUGGCCAAAGUUCUCUAAGUUUUACUCUCUAGACUACAGUCACUCGUUAGUUUUUGGCUAUGAAGGGAAGUCCAAAUUCUGCGUUCGCAUAUUUGACCGAAACUUCACAGAGAUUGCCUAUCCAUUAACAACGCCCGAUCUGAAAGACACUGAUGAAGUUGAUGAUUCUGAAUCUGAAUAUGAUGAUGAUUUUAGUGAUGAUUCUGAAUCUGAAUCUGAUUUUAGUGAUGAUUCUGUUGAAAUCUUGGACAAAUUUCUACCCCGCUCAAGAAAAUCAAGUUCAAGUGGUAUUAAAACAGAAACCAACAUCAACUUCCACAAUGUGGCUCCACAUCUUAACUAG